AUGUCUCGAAAGUCUCAGAAGAAGCGACACACCAAACCAUGCAGAUAUUUCCAGGUUAACAAGUGCCCGCACUCUGCGGAGGUCUGCGACUUUGCGCACGUCAUGGCAGGCCCAAUUCCUGCCACCCCAGAGGAGAAGUUGCCGACGUCGUGCAAGUAUUAUUCUGUGGGAAGGUGCACGAGUGGUGUGCAAUGCAGGUUUAACCAUCCAGGCUCGCCGACGUCGCGCUAUGAGCCACCGAAGUACACAGAGAGGAUCGCCGACUGGGCAGGAACGUCAGCCAACCCCAACUACCCCGAGAGCCCUACCUAUGGUGGCUAUAAUCCUUACAUGUGGUCCCCCUCCCUCUACUCCCCAGCCAACUCUUUCCCAUCCACCCGAAACUCCAUGCUCUUCUCCGCACCUACACGCUCCCGUGACUCCAUCGACACUGCAACCUCACUCUCGAGUGUAGAUUCUGACGAUGUUAUCGUCGUGACGAACGACCCGAAGUAUAGUGAACAUUCUCACUCACAUCAGUCGCAGGUCUGCAUCGCGGACGAUUCGCCCGUCAUACACGUCCCACCAUUUUACCCAACGUUGAACGGAGUGUACUCCCCCACAUCGCCAAUUUCACCUUACAACUACAGCUAUGGUGGGAUGGCGGGAAACCUGAUGCUUCCGCCAUCCAUGAAGCCCCACACAGGCGCGAAGCCAAUCUCGAAACAAAAGAUCUUGAAGUACAAAACAAAGCCUUGCAAGUUCUUCCCAACCGAGAAGGGCUGCCCCAACGGGACAACUUGCACCUUUAUCCAUGAUGAGGGUUACCCAAUUAUCGCGUCGCCCGCGAAGCACUCCAGGUUCAGUUCCUCCAGCAACGAAGAAGGCGAACGGAAAAGCUACUUUCCCAUUCCCUGGCGUGUAAUCGGAGGGGGCGUCCUCGUUGGUGUCAAGAAGGACGAAGAAGACGAGGCUGACUCAGACUAUGAAUACGCUGAGAAGGCUGCUGCUGCGAAACCAAACUCCGUUUCGCCUAUCAAGAUCAUAACCCGCCAACGUUCAAACUCCAUUCCUCCCACCCCGAGCACGACGCAAGUCAAAGUAGAGCAUUUAUUCUCUGCUGAAUCUCCGGGUGUUUUGUGA